UUCAGUUAAUAAGCAGCGCCAUAUAUAUACGCUACACAUUCGGGAAGAAACUCGCGCGCAAUACAGUUCGAGCCGAUCGCAUCUUGCGCAACAACGAUCUCGUCACGCGACACAAUGGCGCGAUUAAUUCUUCUUCUCUUGAUUAUGGCAUCCGCCAGCGCGAUGCCGUACUCCGCGAUGGAUAUCCUGCCGAUAGACAAGAUACCGGCGAUCAAGGAACUCGAGGAUCCGCAACGUCUGGAAGCCGCACAAGCAGAAUACAUGUCGCUUACCACCCUCGAUUUAGUGAAAAAGUUCGGUUACAAUGGGGAGCUGCAUGAGGUGCUCACUUCUGACGGUUACAUCUUGGAGCUGCAUCGGAUAACAGGGCGGACUAAUGUCGAGAACUCGCAAGUGCAAAAACCUGUGGUAAUCGUGAUGCACGGUCUGCUGUGCAGCUCGGCAGCUUGGGUUCUUUCGGGGCCGGAGAAAGGUCUAGGGUUUAUUCUGGCUGACGAAGGGUAUGACGUUUGGCUUGGCAAUGUACGUGGCAAUGUAUAUUCACGCAGACACUUGGCACCGGAUAUUCUGCCGGAAGUUUACUGGGAUUUCAGCUGGCACGAAAUGGGCAUGUAUGAUCUUCCAGCGAUAAUAGAUUACGUUGUGAAGACCACUGGCCGCGAAAAAGUAUUUUAUUUGGCACACAGUCAAGGUACCACCGCUUUCUUCGUCAUGGCGUCGGAACGACCAGAGUAUCAGGACAAAAUCCAGGCGAUGUUCGCGCUGGCACCGGUUGCUUAUUGCGGCAGGAUGGAUAAUCCCAUUUUGCAAUUCAUAGCGAGGUUCACCGGUACCUUACAUAGACUGAUGAAAUUACUUGGCAUGUACGAGUUUAUGCCUGAUAAUGAAGCUAUAAAGAUAUUCCAAAGAAUCGCGUGCGAGGAAGACGCUUGGACGCAACCCUUGUGUGCAAACGUGCUCUUCUUGAUCGCCGGGUAUAACCCGGACCAGUUUAAUGCAACUCUUCUACCAUUAAUCCUGGAACAUACUCCAGCUGGCUCAUCGACGAAACAGUUAAUGCACUAUGCACAACUAAUAAAUACCGGAUAUUUAGUUACACCGGGAAAAUUCAGGCAGUACGACUAUUCAUUGAUUACUAAUUUGCUCAAAUACAAUUCGAUUUCGCCUCCAAAAUACAAUUUGGGAAGAAUCAAAGUGCCGAUUUCAUUGCAUUAUAGCACCAACGAUUGGCUGGUGAAUGUCAAUGACGUCGACGAAUUAUACAAGGAACUUGACAAUCCGUUAGGAAAAUUCCGCGUGCCGCAUGAAAAAUUCAAUCAUUUGGAUUUUAUGUGGGCGAAAGACGUCAAAGAGCUUUUGUAUGACAAGGUACUAAGUCUGAUGACGAAUUUCCGAUAAAGUUAAUUCUACUAGUGCUUGGAACUUCAAAGCUUCUUGCAGAGAUAAAAAAUUUCAUGAGAAGUUGAUUUUAUCUAUCAGAGAAAUUUUAAUUAUCGUAAAAUCGAUACUCGCGUUAGAUAAAAUUAUUGACUUGAAUUAUCAAUCUAUUAGUAGGGAUUAUUUAAUCACGAAUUUCUUCGAAAUAUGACUUGAACCUCUGUAAAAUUUGUAACAAACUUAGGAAUGAAUGAGAUAUUAAUUUUUCCACUGAACUGGGAACUAUUAGUAGGGAUUAUUUAAUCACGAAUUUCUUCGAAACAUUACUUGAACCUUAGUAAAGUUUGUUACAAACUUAGGAAUGAAUAUUAAUUUUCCCACUGCACUGGAAAAAUUUCUAUACAUUGUAAUCAAUUAUUAUUAGUAUAUAGUGUGUACUAAGUAAUCAAAUUAACAUUGUAAUUAAUUUUAUAUCUAUAUCCAACUGUCGAUACAGCUAUUAUAAAUAAGUCGUAAUACUUAAUUUUAUAUCCGUUGGAAGAAACUACUUGUAAUAUAGCGAAACUUGUUUUAAAAUGUAGGCAACUUUAAAAGACUGAAAAAUAUAUGUCUAAAUAUUAAAAUUAGUAAUUACAGAUAAGAUUUAUUCAGAUAAGAUGUAUUUAUCGUUAGCUCUUCGUAGAUGUAAUGGAUUCCGUAGCGUUGAAGAUCGAAUAUAAGUAGCGACAAGCUGAAUAUCAACAAAUGUAAUGACGACGUUGUCAAAAUCGUAAAUAAAGGCGCUAAAAAGA